UUUCCUACACUAUAAAUGAAACAUUUUUUUUUCUUUUUUUUUUUUAAAAAAAAAAAUUAAACGAUGGAGUCUUUAAGCAGUGAAUUAAAAGUUGAAAUCUUUAAAUACGUAUCUAGACCUAUGUCACUCAUUCUUAUCAAUCGUAAUUGGUAUUCUACCUCACAAAAUCCUCAUGCUCGCGCCGAAUGGUUGAUUUAUAAAUACGGUAGAGCACAUGUUUUAUUUCAUGCUAUUAGGUUAGGAAAUUUCGCAACAGUAGAAGUUGUACAAACAUUACUUGCUAAGAAAGCGAUCAUAUCAAGAUACAUUGUACAACGAUUGAUGAUGCAAUUCGGUACUUACGAUCAAAGAUUAAUCGAGAUGAGAAUUAAAUACAAUACAAAUAUUAAAGCACCUAAAAAUAAACCCUGGGCAAGUGAUUUGCCUCUUUCAGUUUUUACGAAAUUAAUAACUGAAGCAACUAAUGAGCUGAAAUUGAAUUUUACUAUCAGGGGAAACGAUUUAGAAUUAUUCCAUUACUUAACUGCUGGUGCUCAUGCGAUCGAUCAAGCACCGCCCAUUCUUCUCAAAAAUCUUCAAGAAAUUGAGGAUUUAAUUUUAAAUAAAAAAUUCAUUCCCUUUCCAUCUCGUCCAAGACUUACUACAGCAUACCAACAUUCCGUAGGUGUAACUGAACAAUUUCCAUCGCAAGAUGGUUAUGAAAAUAAACUAGAAAUUAAUUUAAUAUCGAGAGCAAUUCUAAUCCACCCGGAACUUGUGACAUUAUGGAAGAAAAUUGGAUAUAAUGAAGUAUGCAGUGAUAUGAAUGGAUUAGUUGUGAAAGGUUUCUUUGUCGUGUGUUUUCCUCCAAAUCCAAUAAAAACUUGGGUGUGUCCAAGUUCAGAUACUGUAGCUGGGAAGCUACAAAAACUAAUUAAUCUUGGUUUUCAACUUACCGAUAAUAUAAUUGAAGAUUUAAUAAAGAUGUUCAAAUCACAAAUGAAAACAAUUGGAGAAUCAUUAUUAAAUUCUUUUUUUAAAAUUCGAGGUAAUUCUAUACCGCCAAUUGUUGAAACAACAUUGAUUGAAAUUAGAAAAACCAAAAAGAAGAGAAGAAAAAGAAAAAGAUAACGAAAAUCUUUGAAAAUUUGAAAUUAUUUAAUAAUGAAUAAAUAAAUAGAUGUUUUUAAAAUUCAAAAAAAAAUUUUUC